UGCAGAUGAUUGUAAAUCUUUAGCGCAAUCUGUUUGUCACAGGACAAUGUCGGGAGUGGACCAAUUGAAGACCAAGGAAUUUUGGAGGGCCGUAGGUGGCGAAUUUGUAGCCAUGCUCCUAUUUGUGUUACUCGGCGUUGGCUCCACCAUCGAUUGGGAAUCAGCUCCAUCAGACAGCAAGAGUAUAGCGAGCUGUCCGACCCAGUCGGACCGCACGAAUCUCAUUUCGCUGUGCUUCGCUUUGUCCUCUGCCACGAUGGUUCAGUGCUUUGGCCACAUCAGCGGCGGACACAUCAACCCGGCCGUCACGUUGGCGAUGGUCGUGACCAGGAAAGUGACCAUCAUCAAGGGGGUGUUCUACCUGCUAGCCCAGUUAGUCGGUGCAGUCGCAGGUGCCGGGAUCGCGCACCUCGCCGCGCCCCCCGACUUCCGGGAGAACCUGGGCGUCACCGGGUUGGGUAAAAAUGUCUCGGGAGAACUCGGCCUACUGGUGGAGCUUCUCUUAACGUUCCAGCUGGUCUUCACCAUAUUUACCUCAUGCGACCCCAAACGCACCGACCUGGGCGGAUCCACUGCCCUGGCCAUCGGCGCGUCCGUAUGGAUUGGUCACUCAUUUGGGAUUCCUUUCACAGGAGCCAGCAUGAACCCCGCUCGUUCCUUCGGCCCAUCGGUGAUCGCGACUAAUUUUAAGGAUCAUUGGGUUUACUGGGUGGGACCCUUCCUGGGCGCCAUCAUGGCCGCACUCCUGUACGAGCACAUCUUCUGCCCAUCUUCCGGCGAACCGAGUCCAGGGCGGGUAAUACGCCGUGAAGCAAAUGGGGGCCUUCACAGAUAAGAUGUGAUCAAGUCCGU